UUCUUGAUGACGUUUACAAUGAACUUUACCCACAAUGCACAGCGACAGAGCCACGUAAACAGAGGAACUGGAGUGUUUUAAAGCUGCACGCUGUAUAUGUUCGCAUGAUGUUACAUUUUUUCACCAGAUCAGUACUGAGACAUCCAAAGCUCUAACAUGUCGAUGGUGUUGUUUGCUUCUGUGGUCCGUGUUGGAGACGGUCUUCCUCUCUCAGCAUCCACGGAUUAUGAGAUGGAGAAAGAGCUUCAGGAGACAAAGAGACACCUCAAAGGUCUAUCAAGGAAACUCAACCAGUUCCCCGACCGCUGCACACUUAAGUCUGGACCAUAUAAUGUAAAUUUCACAAGCUCUCUGGGUGUUGGAUAUCUGAUGGUUUGCACUGCAAAUUAUCCAAAUGUGCUGGCAUUCUGCUUCCUGGACGAACUACAGAAGGAGUUUAUCGUCACCUAUGACCCCAAACGUAUCAGCAGCGCCGUGCGGCCAUACUCCUUCAUUGAAUUUGACACUUUCAUCCAGAAGACCAAGCAGCGCUACAACAAUCCUCGUUCCUUGUCUACCAAGAUCAACCUGGCUGACAUGCAGACAGAGAUUAAGCUGCGGCCGCCCUAUCAGCUUUCCCCUGAAGAUCUGCAGGCUAUCAACGGAUUCUCGGUGCACACCCCUUCGAAGUACAAAGGCAUAGCUCCCACACAGAUGCUGGAGCCCGUGACACUUCCAGGCGUCAUAUCUUGUGUGCUGAGCGUCCUCUGUGGAGGGCUGAACCUGCUUCGAGGAGUCCAUGCUAUAGAGAGCGUCCUGCAGAAUGAUGAUGAAGACUUUAAUUAUGUGAUUGCCUUCUUCCUCGGCACAGCUGCCUGUCUGUAUCAGUGCUACCUGUUCGCCUACUUCUCCGUCUGGAGGAACAGUAAAUCUUUCCUGGCGUUCGCACUCAUAUGUCUGUCCAACAUGUAUCUGUAUGAACUGAGGAACGUUUGGCAGAUCCUCUUCCACGUGGCAGUGGGGGCCUUCAUGACCCUGCAAAUCAGACUCAGGCAACCCUUGGGAAAAUCACCAGACUAUAACGUCUGACGAACGGGAACAAACGAAGCCGGACAGACGGACUAGAUCAUGGGAAACGGCAAGCUCCGCCCUCACAGAUCAGGAGAACAAGAGCCUGAAUCACUGGAGAGAACACUUAUUUUGGAGUUGAAUCCACUUCAGGACUUUAUUGGACUAAAGUUUUUACAAGCUCACCUCUAUGACAACAAUUCAUUGUUUUACCCCGUCUGAAUUCAGUUUUUUUUUCUUGCUGUCACUGUUCUUGUUCUACAUGCAAAGAUUUCACUUUCUGCUGAUCUAAUUUAUGAUACAACAAGAUCAAAAACUAACAUGACAACCAAACUCCAAAGAGAAAAAUUACAUUAUUGCAAAUGUGGGCGAGUGUGUGAUAAAAAUGUGUUUUACAUGAUUGCGUGUCAACAGAAACAAUUGUGUAGAGACUCAACUGAGCUGAGAAUAAUUAAAGCAAUCCUAAAAUAAAGGACAUAGUUUGAGUUGUUAUGACAUAGUUCUGCAUCUAUAAAGUUUUGUUUGAGUACAUUUAGUCUAAAUAAAGGGUUGAAGAUCUUAACCUUAA